UGAAGCGGGAGAGAAAGUGGAGUGAAACCGGCAGAAGGCGCUCAGGUUCAGCAUCACUUCUCAAAGUUUCACGCAGACUCUGUUUGUGUAUGAGAGCCGCUUCGGAGCUCGCUCUCUCACACUCUGUCGCCCCAGCGCUCCGCUGCCGUCACACGGAUCGUUCUCUCCGGUUUCUAGGAUGUUAUCCAGCCAGACCGGAGCGGCUCUGAGUGGAGCCGGAUCAGCGGCGGGGAAGAGCGCAGGCCACGGUGCGGUGCUGAUGGGCGCCGGGGUCCGCACGGGGUUCGCGCGGGGUCUGGGGCCGCUGCAGGCGGGAGCGAUGGGGCUCGGGAUGCCCGGGAGAUUUGAACCAGUUAAAGAGGGACCCCCGCACGUGUGCAGCGGCUCUGACGCGGACUCUGACUCGGGUGAUGAGGACGAGCUCAUGGGGUCAGUCGGGGACGGCCGGAGGGCAGGCGGCGUCAAGCGGGAGAGAGCGGAGAUGGAGGCGGCGAUGGUUGGACCGAAGGUCGGCUUGCCCUCCGCGGCGCUCGCGGGUGGAGUGGCCGGAGCGAAACCGGGCAAGAAGACCCGUGGCAGAGUGAAGAUAAAGAUGGAGUUUAUAGACAACAAACUGCGAAGGUACACGACCUUCAGCAAGAGGAAGACCGGCAUCAUGAAGAAGGCGUAUGAGCUCUCCACGCUCACUGGGACUCAGGUUCUGCUGCUGGUGGCCAGCGAGACGGGGCACGUCUACACCUUCGCCACUCGGAAGCUGCAGCCCAUGAUCACCAGCGAGACGGGCAAAGCUCUGAUCCAAACCUGCCUGAACUCUCCAGACUCUCCGCCGCGCUCCGACCCGUCCAUGGACCAGCGCAUGAGCGCCACGGGCUUCGAGGAGACGGACCUCACCUACCAGGUGUCUGAGUCCGAGAGUCUGGGAGAAACCAAGGACGCUCUGAAGCCGGCGUUCACCGUGGCCAGUGUCCCGGGCAGCACCAGCGCUCCACCCACCGUCCCCAGCUCCUCCACCAGCAUGCAGGCCAGCAGCGGCCCGUCCUUCCCCAUCACCAGCUACCUGCCCCCCCCCGGCACCAGCGGAGCUAAGAGCACCGGAGCCACAGCAGGAGUCAUGCAGCUGCCCGCCGGAUUCACCUUCAUGUCAGGCUCUCCGUUCGCUCCUGGGACUCCUGCGAUUCCUCUGGGUCAGCUGCAGCAGCAUUCACUGAGCGCUCAGAGCAUCACAGGUGCAGCGAUGCCGCAGCAGCUCCAGUCCAUCCAGGUCCAGUCCAGCUCGGUCAGCACCAGCUCCAGCAGUCCAGAGAUCUCUCACAGCAGCACAGUCUCCACAGCUUCAGUCAGUCUCCCAGCGGCCAUCGUCACCUCCUCAGUGUCCUCCUCCAUGACGGGUCACAUGAUGUACCCCAGCACACACACACUCAUGUACGCUUCAGCGCCCACGCUAGCAGACGGGAGUCUAGCGGUGCUCAACGCCUUCACACAGGGACAGGUGUCACACACACAGACUCAGGACACGGCUGGCGUUCCUCAGGUGUUCCUCACAGCUCCUCCCGGUACGGUUCAGAUUCCCGUCUCGGCGGUGCAGCUUCAUCCAGUACGGCAAGAUCAACACUUCACAAAUGGUGAUUGGUCAGCAGUCCAGCGGCAGCAGCAGUAGUCUGACCGAGCUUCAGGUCGUCGAUCUGGACGCCUCACAGAACGCCAAAAACCACUGACCGCUCCACCACAGGCUGACACCGCUAUUUAUUACGCCUUUCUGAGACUGACCUCGUUACAUGUGAUUCUACAGUUUCUACUGUAGACGAGAC